UAGGGAGACACAUGGGAUUUGCCAGAGUUGGCAAGACUUGUCCUUAUUGAGCCCACUGAUUGGUCACUUCUCAGCAUGUCCCGCCCACGGGUGGCGCCUUGAAUCUGCUGUAUGUUGAACCGUUGCGAUCAACCAGUGUUGAGUUCAGAGGGUCCCUUUAUAGAGGGGUUGUAACUCCCAAACAGCCACCCACCGGGCGAGUAGCUGUCAUCCUGAGAGCAGACAUUUUCACCCUUUUACCUGUGGAUCCAUAAUCUACACUGGUCUUGGAUUAACCGAAAAGCUCUGUUUUUUAAGUUUUUCUUUUUAAUUUUCCUUUGAAUCAGAAGCUCAGCUCAGACAAUGGGAUCCCAGACAUCCAAGGGAGAUGUAGCCGCGGAGGCGAGCGCUGCUGCCGCUGACGCUUCAGCUGUCAAAACCAACGGACAGGAAAAUGGACACGUGAAAACCAACGGAGAUGUCUCUGCAAAGCCUGAUGGGGAUGCCGCUGCAACCAAUGGCUCUGCUGAGGCAGCCAAGGAGCCUGAAGCCGCUGCAGAAGGCGAUGCCAUUGAACCUGCACCACCGACAGAUAAAGAGGCAGUCAAACCUGAUGAAGAGACUGCAGCGAAGGAGACACCCAAAAAGAAGAAGAAGUUCUCCCUGAAGAAGACGUUCAAACUCAAACUGAAUCUAAAGAAGAGCAAGAAGAGUGAGGCUGUAAAAGAGGAGGCUGCAGCAGCCGUCACACCCACUGAGGAGAAGCCUGCAGAGAACGGUGCUGCCGCAGAGGAGAAGAAGGAGUCAAAGGAGGAGGCUGCUGCUGCUGCUGUAGCCCAGACUCCGGAGGCUGAUCAGGGGCCAGCUAAGGAGGAGGCCUCCAAGGAGGAGGCGGUAGCUCCAGCCCCUGAGGCCAUCAAACCAACAGAGGAGAGCAGUUCAACCGCGUCUCCCUCUGAAAAGAAAGAGUGAUCCACCUUCAACAGUGAACUGGAAGAACUGUUUUUCAAAAUAGAAAAAAAUAAGAGUAUAUAUAUAUAUAUAUAUAUAUAUAUAUAUAUAUAUUUAUAUAUAUAUUUAUAUAUAUAUUUAUAUAUAUGUGUGUAUAUGUAUACAUAUGUAUAUUGAUAUAUGUAUAUGUAAAUAUAUACACAUGUAUUUGAGAGACUUCUCUGACGUGCCACUUUUCGUCGUGAUAACAAGACGACAGACUAGAUUCACUAGAUCACUUCCCUGGUUACUGUUUAACAUCAGGACCGGGUAUUAGGCUGUGGGCCGCUCGCUUUGUGGAGAAUGGAUUGUAACGGUUAGGAUGCAGGCUCAAAACACCAUGACGUACAGAAGGAUGAAAGAAUGCCGGCCAAGCAUCUCCUCACUCAACAUCUGCAGAUCCAGACGCCUCCAUCCUGAAGAGAAGAAGCUGGAGGAGACACUAGAACACCACCACCACUUUAAAGACUUCUAAAAAGAAAAAAAGAGAAACCUCAAGAAAGAGACUCGCUAACUUUUUACAUUUCCAUGUUCCAAACGGAAUUUGAAGUAUUUUGUGGUGUGUUACAGAGAACCAUGGUACAGAUUCAGAAAAGCUAUUACUUGUUUGUUAAAGAAAAGUAGAUUUUGAUUUUUACUACGAGAAGAGAACACUUACGCUUGCUCUGUUCACUGUUGCAGUUUGUUAUGACGCAGACUUGUUUCUCUGUUGUGCGUUAAGCCUGAAUCUGCUUUGUCUCUGUAAAUAUAUUGGAUUGAUUUCUGUUCUUUAUUUUGCUAAUGUUGACAGAUGUUACUGGUUUUAUUGUAAAGUUGACAAUAGUAAUAAAUGUUGGUUACCUGCCAGUUUAA